AUGGUUAAAGAUAAGAAGUUAUACGACUUGCUGGGCGUUGCUCCCGACGCUUCAGAAAAUGAGCUCAAAAAGGCUUACCGCAAAAUGGCCUUAAAGUUCCAUCCCGACAAACCAACCGGUGACACAGAAAAAUUCAAGGAAAUUUCAGAAGCCUAUGAUAUUUUGUCUAACCCUGAUAAACGUCAAAUUUACGAUAGUUAUGGUUUAGAGGCUGCUCGCCAUGGCGGGCCUAUGCCUGAGCCUGAUGCCCAAGGUGGUGCUGGUGGUGCUGGUGGCAUGCCAGGUGGCUUCCCGGGUGGUUUUUCUUCUGGUGGCACACCGUUUUCUUUUUCGUCGGGCGGGCCCGGCGGUGCUCGCUCAUUCCAUUUCUCAAGCAGCGGUGGUCCAGGAGGCAACCCAUUCCAUGCCUUCUCCUCUAAUGAUGCUUUUAACAUAUUUUCACAAUUCGCACAGUCUGAGGACCUGGGCUCAGAUGAUGACGACAUUUUCAACGCUCCACGCGGAGGCGGUGGUAUGCCCUUUGGAUUUGGUGGAUUUAGCGGUGGAAGCCAACGAGGCAGACAGCAAUUUCAAUCUGCAGGGGUUCCCGGGGCUGGUGGCCACCCCAAGCGUGAAAAGUCAUCUGUAACUGUCAAGCUGCCACUGACACUUGAAAACCUUUAUACUGGCAUUACCAAAAAGAUGAAGAUUCACCGACGAAAUGCUCAAGGCCAAAGUGAGGAAAAGAUUUUAAGCAUCACAGUUAAGCCCGGUUGGAAGGCUGGCACCAAAAUCACAUAUGCCAAUGAAGGUGAUUACAUUCCCACAGAUGGAACUUAUCAAGACAUGGUUUUUGUGGUUGAGGAAAAGCCUCAUCCAAGGUUCAAGCGUGUUAACAAUGACCUUGAAAUGGAGAUUCGACUGUCAUUUAAAGAGGCCAUGACUGGUUUCUCUAGAAUUGUUGAGACUCUUGACGGCAAAAAGAUCAAAGUUGAGAAUAAAAGCCCUAUUCAACCCGGUCAUGUUAUUAAGUAUCCUGGUGCUGGUAUGCCUAUCAGCAAGAGUUCUGCCGGUGAGAAGGGCAACCUGCUCAUUACAAUCAAGGUUGAUUUCCCUACUAAACUGACCGAUGCCCAACGUAAGGCCAUUGAAGACAACUUUUAA